CGCCUUUCCCGGAAGGCAGGGAGGCGGUGCCCGCCUCCGGGAGGCGGCCUAGGCGAUGGCGGCCGGACGGCCGGAGCUCUCGGAGUACCCCUGAGAAACGCGCUACCGGAGAGGAUGGCGUCGCUCGGGCAGGCCGGCGCGGGGGAUCAGGCGGCGGAGGCUGAGGCAGAGCCGAGUCCCGCGGCGGGACCGCCGCCGCCCCGCUCGCCGUCCCCUUUGGGGCCCCCGAUGCCCCUGCAGCGGGAGCCGCUGUACAACUGGCAGGCGACCAAGGCGUCGCUGAAGGAGCGCUUCGCCUUCCUCUUCAACUCGGAGCUGCUGAGCGAUGUGCGCUUCGUGCUGGGCAAGGGCCGCGGCGGGGCGGCCGCCGGGGGCCCGCAGCGCAUCCCCGCCCACCGCUUCGUGCUGGCGGCGGGCAGCGCCGUCUUCGACGCCAUGUUCAACGGCGGCAUGGCCACCACGUCGGCGGAGAUCGAACUGCCGGACGUGGAGCCCGCCGCCUUCCUGGCGCUGCUGAGGUUUCUGUAUUCUGAUGAAGUUCAGAUUGGUCCAGAAACGGUGAUGACCACCCUGUACACUGCCAAGAAGUACGCGGUGCCGGCCUUGGAAGCGCACUGUGUGGACUUCCUCACCAAGCACCUGCGGGCAGACAAUGCCUUCAUGCUGCUGACGCAGGCUCGAUUAUUUGAUGAACCUCAGCUCGCUAGUCUCUGCCUAGACACAAUAGACAAAAGCACAAUGGAUGCCAUAAGUGCAGAGGGCUUUACUGACAUUGACAUUGACACACUGUGUGCAGUUCUAGAAAGAGACACACUUAGCAUUCGAGAAAGUCGACUUUUUGGAGCUGUUGUGCGCUGGGCAGAAGCAGAGUGUCAGAGGCAACAACUGCCUGUGACUUUUGCAAACAAGCAGAAGGUUCUAGGAAAAGCACUUUCUUUAAUCCGGUUUCCACUGAUGACAAUUGAGGAGUUUGCAGCAGGCCCUGCCCAGUCUGGGAUUCUGUCGGAUCGUGAAGUGGUGAACCUCUUUCUGCACUUCACUGUCAACCCUAAACCCCGCGUGGAGUACACCGACCGGCCCCGGUGCUGCCUCAGGGGCAAGGAGUGCUGCAUCAACCGGUUCCAGCAAGUCGAGAGCCGCUGGGGCUACAGUGGGACCAGCGACCGCAUCAGGUUCACGGUGAACAGAAGAAUCUCCAUCGUCGGCUUUGGCUUGUACGGGUCUAUCCAUGGUCCCACGGAUUAUCAAGUCAAUAUCCAGAUCAUCGAAUAUGAGAAAAAACAAACCCUGGGACAGAAUGAUACCGGCUUCAGUUGUGAUGGGACCGCCAACACAUUCAGGGUCAUGUUCAAGGAACCCAUCGAGAUCCUGCCCAACGUGUGCUACACAGCGUGCGCCACCCUCAAAGGCCCGGAUUCCCACUACGGCACCAAAGGAUUGAAGAAGGUGGUCCAUGAGAGCGCCACGGCCAGCAAGACUGUCUUCCUCUUCUUCAGCUCCCCUGGCAAUAACAACGGCACCUCCAUCGAAGAUGGACAGAUCCCGGAAAUCAUAUUUUACACCUAACCUAGCACUACACGACGGCUUAGCUCCCACUACUGCAGUCUAGUCUCAAAGGCAUAAAUUAACGGGCCACCAAAAAAAAAAGUUUGAGUAUUUAUAAUUGUAAGUUUGAAAAAAAAUUUUUUUUUUUUAGUUUCUCAAAGGAAAUAGAAAAAUGUUCAUUUCAAUCUCUGCAUGAUUUAAAGGCAGAUUUUCCAAUUUCUUACACUUUUGGAGGCAGGAACUUGGAUUUAAUUAUCUACAAAGCUGUUUCCACUGCACCCUGUGCACCCAGGCCAACCGACCCAGUCAUUCUGUAGUUCUGGAAUUGAGAGUCUUGUUUCCUAUAGCUGGUUGGCUUUCUGUCUUUAUUUUAACCUUUUGGAAAGGGUUAGAUGAGAUGGGUCAGUAUACCUACAGAGUCCCCUGUCAGCUCUACUAACUUGCAAAAAAAUCAAGAAAACUGACUUUAUAUUGGGGUUUCGAAAAUGUCUGGUGGCUAGCAUUUGUGGCAAUGCUAAAAAAAAAAAAAAAUAGACCUAAUAAAUGCUGGAGAAAAUUGUCCAUGCA